AUGAAGGAUGCAUCUUGCGACAAUGGCUCUCCGGCGCCAUUGUUGAUGGCUAUGAACGCCGACUCACAGGUCCAUCUGAUUAUUGGGACCAAUCCUCUGGCAGCCGCUCGCUGUGUCAAGAGCUUGGAAAUCGGUGCAAAGCCAGUUAUCAUUGCACCAGAUACGGUGGAUGUGCAUUAUACCUUGUCCGAGCGUAUUGAAAAUGGCUCAGUGCAAUGGAUUCGCCGAACCUUUCAAGACGACGAUCUAACAACCCUUGGGAGGGAAGAAGUCGACCGUGUUGUGGACAUGGUGUUUGUCACUCUGGGGGGCCCACAUCCAUUGAGCUCUCACAUUUCAAAGUUGUGCCGGCGUCUGAGGAUCCCGGUGAAUGUAACCGACGCGCCAGACCUUUGUUCCUUCAGUCUGCUUUCAACAUACUCAGAUGGCCCCUUGCACAUCGGAAUUACGACCUCUGGCCGUGGUUGCAAGCUUGCCUCUCGUCUCAGGCGGGAGAUCUCUUCCUCGCUUCCUCCUAACCUUGGAAUUGCCAUCGACAGACUAGGCGCAGUAAGAAGGCGACUCUGGGCCGAAGACUAUGCGGCGGGCUUGUGUGAUGGUGUGUUCGAUGGCGAUGAGGAUGACUCGACAGGACAGAAACACACGUUCAACAAUCUCGUCACUGAGCAUGACAAGACUUCAGCCAAAACAAGGCGCAUGCGCUGGCUCUCUCAGAUUUGCGAGUACUGGCCGCUACGCAAACUUGCAGCCAUCACUGAUUCAGACAUUGAAAAUAUUCUUCAGGCCUACUCUUCCAGCAAUGAUGCUGGAAGCGAGGUCAAAGGAGAUUUCUCCUUGACGAAGAAAGGAAAGAUUAUCUUGGCUGGCUCCGGUCCAGGAAACCCGGAGCUGUUGACGCGAGCAACCUAUCAUGCGAUCCAAAAUGCAGACAUCAUCCUGGCGGAUAAACUUGUACCUGCUCCUGUCCUGGAUUUGAUCCCACGCAGAACGGAGGUUCAUAUUGCGCGGAAAUUCCCCGGAAACGCAGACCAAGCGCAAGAAGAAUUUUUGCAAAUGGGAAUUGCUGCCUUGCGCCAGGGCCGCUAUGUACUCCGGUUGAAGCAAGGAGAUCCAUAUCUGUAUGGCCGCGGAGGUGAGGAGUUCGAGUUCUUCCGGGGUGAGGGCUAUAUCCCCCUGGUCCUACCUGGAAUCACUAGCGCGCUGAGCGCGCCCUUAUUUGCCGAUAUUCCCGCUACCCACCGUGGGGUGUCGGACCAGGUCCUGGUGUGCACCGGUACUGGUAGGAAAGGCGCAGCUCCUGAGCCUCCUACUUAUGUGCCCACACAAACAGUGGUCUUCCUGAUGGCCCUGCAUCGACUUUCAGCGCUUGUGGAGUCCCUGACCACUUUACCAGCGGAGGAAGAUGGCUCGCGGUCCCGGACACUCUGGCCCAAGGAUACUCCUUGCGCUAUCGUUGAACGAGCCUCAUGCACGGAUCAGCGCGUGAUUCGUUCGACGCUGGAACAUGUCUGCUCGGCGUUCGAAGCCGAAGGAUCUCGGCCCCCUGGAUUGCUGAUUGUGGGAGCCAGCUGCCAUAUCCUGCACGGGCCCAGCAAAGAGAAAUGGGUAGUGGAGGAGGGGUUCCGGGGAUUUGAUGAUCUGCACACUGUACUCGAUGAGUCUUUGAUAAAUGCCGACGUGGUCAAGAGUUCUUGA